CCAGCAUUAACAUUGAGAGAAAAAUAAAAGAAAAACUAACAGAUUCCACACAAUACCUUUGCUUCGAUCUUGGCUUCAUCAUCUUCAAGUAAAGCGAGAAGAAAAAAAAAAUGCAAGGAGGAUCAUCAGGCAUUGGCUAUGGACUCAAAUAUCAGGCAAGGUGCAUAUCAGAUGUGAAAGCAGACACGGAUCACACCAGCUUUAUCACUGGAACUCUCAGUCUCAGAGAAGAAAACGAGGUGCAUUUGCUUAGGUUAUCUUCAGGUGGAACUGAAUUGAUAUGUGAAGGGUUGUUUUCGCAUCCUAAUGAGAUCUGGGAUCUCUCUUCUUGUCCUUUUGAUCAACGCAUUUUCUCCACUGUUUUCUCUACUGGUGAGUCAUUUGGAGCCGCGGUGUGGCAGAUUCCUGAGUUAUAUGGCCAGUUAAAUUCUCCGCAAUUGGAAAGGAUUGCGUCUCUUGAUGGACAUGUUGGGAAGGUUAAUUGCAUUCUCUGGUGGCCAUCUGGAAGAAAUGAUAAGUUGAUAAGCAUUGAUGAGGAAAAUCUUUUCUUAUGGAGUUUAGAUUGUUCGAGAAAAGCAGCCCAGGUGCAAUCGAAGGAGUCAGCAGGUAUGCUUCAUUACUUAUCUGGUGGAGCCUGGGAUCCACAUGAUGUGAAUGCUGUUGCAGCAACUUGUGAAUCCUCUGUCCAGUUUUGGGAUUUACGGACAAUGAAGAAAACAAGUUCUAUUGAGUGUGGCCAUGUGCGCAACGUCGACUAUGACACCAGGAAGAUGCAUAUACUGGUUACUGCAGAGGAUGAAUCUGGGAUACACAUAUGGGAUCUUAGAAUGCCAAAGGUUCCUAUAAAUGAGCUUCGUGGACAUUCACAUUGGACAUGGGCUGUCACGUGUAACCCUGAAUAUGAUGGACUGAUUCUGAGUGGUGGUACAGACUCGACUGUCAAUUUGUGGUUCGCUUCUACAACAACCAGUGAUGAGUUGACAUCUGGGAGUGUGGUUGCGUCACCAACUCAGAAACUUGAUCCGUUGCUGUACUCAUUCAAUGACUACGAAGACAGUGUCUAUGGGCUUGCUUGGAGUUCUCGGGAACCUUGGAUUUUUGCAUCUUUAUCCUAUGAUGGGAGGGUGGUUGUAGAAUCAGUAAAGCCUUAUCUCCCCAGAAAAUGAAUUCAUCACGGAUUUCCCCACGUUAAACCAUCUUGUGGCGGUUUCCACUAACACCACAUGCCGGCUAGAACUACAUUGAAAAAACAGUUAUGCUAUGCGAAUUCUAAUGGGUGGCUGUCAAGAAUCUGUUCUAGCGCAACAUUGAAGUCUUAUCAUCGUGUCGAUGCUAGUUUCAGUGAUGCUAGUUGUGCUGUUGAUGCGGAAGAGCUUCAUUUGAUGCUAUAUCUUACCAUGCAUGUAUGUAUACAAACUCUGCAAAAGGAACAAAUUUAUUUUCAACAAUGGAAUCCACGAGGACACGAUUUGCCAA